AAAAUCACAAAAAUUCUUCCGUUUAGCAACGGUGGACAUGUUUCAGACAGUUUUCCUCUAAAUUAACGUUUUCCCGCGGUUUAAAUUCUCGAGUCUAGUCGUUAUGCGAGAUACUCUAAAGUCUAACAGCUAGCUCUGGUCUGAACUUUUCUGUUUUACACCGUGUUUCGUCGUCAAACAUGGAGAAAUUUGAAGGCUACAUGUUCACUGCUCUGUGCAGCACCAACUUCUUAAUAUCCUGCCUGCUGUUCUCCAGAGUGACCCGCGAGCAAAGGGAGCCCUAUAUGGACGAGAUCUUCCACAUCCCCCAAGCUCAGAAGUACUGCCAGGGAAAAUUCAACGAGUGGGACCCGAUGAUCACCACUCUCCCAGGGCUUUACCUCGUCUCAGUGGGAGUCAUCAAGCCUGUGGUCUGGCUCACCGAACUGACAGGCGAGGUGGUGUGCUCCACGGCCAUGCUGCGCUUCAUCAACCUGCUCUUCAACUGUGGCAACCUUUACCUGAUCUAUCUGCUCCUCUGCAAGCUGCACCUCAGGGAGAAGACGCGGACAACCUCACGCCGAGUCCUGUCAGCGCUGUCUCUGUCCACCUUCCCUGUGCUCUACUUUUUUAACUUCCUCUACUACACCGACGCUGGAUCUACUUUCUUCAUCCUCUUCACCUACCUCAUGACCCUGUACGGCUGCCACAAGGCCUCUGCGCUGCUGGGCGUCUGCUCCGUGCUCUUCCGUCAGACGAACAUCAUCUGGGUGGCGUUCUGUGCAGCCACUCUGGUGGCAGGGAAAAUGGAUGACGCCUGGAGGGUGGAGCAUACAAAAAAGAGGGACGAGAAGUCUGCACCGUCUCAGAUCCCGCUGUCAUUCAGCGGAGCUAAGAGAAUCCUGCUUUUCACUCUGGAGUUCCUCACCUCACCCAAUCACGUGAAGGCGGUGCUGCUGGUGGCCUGGCCUUACGCGCUGGUCGGCGUUGGCUUCCUGGUGUUUGUGGCACUCAAUGAUGGGAUCGUGGUUGGCGACAGGACAAGCCACGAGGCCUGCCUCAACUUCCCCCAGCUCUUCUAUUUCUUCUCCUUCUCCCUCUUCUUCUCUCUCCCCGUCUCGCUGUGUUACCACCGCGUCCUCCGCUUCCUGCAGGCUCUCAAAAAGCAGCCUUUGUUUUUCCUCCUGGUCACCGGCAUCUCUUUGCUCCUGGUGUGGAAAUUCACCUUUGUCCACAAGUACCUUCUGGCUGAUAACCGCCAUUUCCCCUUUUACGUGUGGAAGAAACUUUUCCAGAGGCACGAACUGGUGCGUUUCCUCCUCAUCCCUCCGUACAUCUUUGCCGUGUGGAAUUUUCUGGACUCCUUUAAAUCACGCUCUCUCUUUUGGAGUUUGGCUUUUCUGGCUUGCCUCGUGGCCGCCACAGUCCCGCAGAAGCUCCUGGAGUUCAGGUACUUCAUCGUUCCAUACCUGAUGUAUCGCCUGCACAUGCCCCUUCCCUCCCUUCCCAGACUCAUCGGGGAGUUCCUCCUGUACACGGCCGUAAACGUUGCCACCAUCUACAUCUUCAUCGCCAAGACCUUCCACUGGCCGGACAGCACAGCAACGCAGAGGUUUAUGUGGUGAGGAAAAGACUAAAGUAAUCAUUUCAGGAUUUUCUCCUGUGUUACAGGGGACCAGAACAUCUUAAAAAUCAAAGCAAAGCCUCUGUUACAUCUCAGUAUCAGACCGACACGGUCAUAUCAUUUUUAUACACUCUAACCACACGGCUUUGUUCAGAAUGUGUAGGGUUUUAUUCUCCCUACAGACAGAAUCAGUAUCUCCAGUUUGUAUUUGACUGGCGAAAAAAAGUACUUUUCAAUGACACUCAAAACACUCAUAAGUAAAUCCAGUCAGUCAACUGUGAAUCAUUUCAUGACUGAAUGAAAUUGAUAUUAACAAAAAAUGUUAGUAAUAAUAACAGUGGGAGAUCUCAGUAUUGUAAGAGCGCUGGUGCAGAUCUAAAUCAUAAUGAAGAAUUUUUAAUAUACUGUACUCGCAUGUUGUUUUUACCCCAAACAGCUUUUUUCCCCCUUAAAGCACUGAUCCUUGUCAAGGUUAAAAAAAAAUAACAUUUCAACCUUGGAAUAAAAAAAUCUGGCUCUCAAAUAAAUUAGCUUCUUUUGAGAUUCAUAAUUCUGACAUAAGAAAUGUAACUGAUUCAGGAAAUCAGAAGAUUUAAUUUGUAAAUUUAACAAAAUGUUUAUUUUGUUGUGUCAAGUCUACUUAUUAGGCUUCCUUGUUUUUGUACGGCAGUUUUUUCUACAGUACUUGUAAAAUGCAGUACAACAAAAUCACUCUUUUGCAAGUAUAAUUAAAGAGACCAAAAAUGAUAUAAUCGUAAUGUAAAGUUUAGAUUUCUUUUGAUGUGGGAUGGUUUUUUUAAAGCAUUUUGUGCCAGUGAUGGAUGCUGACAGAACUUUAUAAUAAUGGGACUAUUUGAAGAUGUACAUACAUUUUUACCUCGAUAUUCACUAUGACCAAGCCAUAUGAGUCCACUGGAGGCGACUAAGAUGUGUGUCGAGAUGUUCACUGUUAAUUUAGACGUUUUUGUUUCUGCUCUUCUGUAUGUGCCCUCGUGCUCGAUUUGUGGAUGUGGUUAAUUUUGCUGCUUAUUUGUUGUUGUUUUUUUCUUUAUAUGCACGAGAUUUCAAUCAUAAAAUUCAUCCUAACGAAAAUCCGAUCACGUUGGUUUGUGACUCACGCGAUCAAAGUCAGUCAAAUCUGAAUGUGUAAUUUGUCGUGUUUAGUUUGAAUGCAGUGUGACCUGCGUGUAGGUGUGAACACGAGUAAACGUUGUGCAUUGAUGCUGUAAGUAUGCUGCUCCCAUCUUCAUUCAACUGUGGAAUAAAAUAUUCAAAAUCAA